AUAAACGUACGGGACAGCAGACGCCGCGCUAGCGUCGACAUAUCAUAACAAUCUUAGCAUAAAAAUUAUUUCCACUGAGAAAACGUCCGUUCAUUCAACCAACAAAAAUACUUUCUGUUGUAUUGAAUUUUAAAUUAUUUACAUGAACUGUGAUUCGGAAUUUUCUUAUUGUGCCGAACUGAGUAUCUUAUUUUACAUUCGCAACGAAGUUGGUUGUGGUGCGCUUAUUGUUGGUUGUGGUCAACUCUAACGAGUUUUAAAUGCAGUAAGAACGUGGUUUAAACAUAGAAUCAACAUGGCGUGCGCCUCAUUAGACCCCAGAAGUGGGUCGUCAUGUGGCCAGUGUUUGGGCAGCAAAGUAACGAACUACGUCCUCGGAUAUUUACAAACGGUGCUGUGGUUCCUGUGUUUCAUAGGGUUUGUAUCUCAGACGGAGACAACGCAGUCGAAAGAGUUCGUGAUGGGUGUCAUCGCGGGCCUGCUGAUGAUCACAUUCGCGAUCAUUUUUGUCGUCGGGUUACACAAAGACAGACGCUCGUACAUCAAAGCAUACCUGAUAUUUUGCGCCGUGAUGACAAUCUUCCUUAUAUUAGGUUUCUUUGUGAAUCUCUUCACUCAGCCAGCUAGAAUCGGCUUAAGAGGAUUCAUCGGCAAUUUAGUUAUGAUAACUUUGAACAUAAUUACGUUCAUUGCGGUCCGAGCAUUCAGCUUGACCGACCACUCGUGAGCUGGCGUCUUCACAUCCAACAAAUAUUCAACGAGGACAUUUAUAAAAACAAUUAUAAUAUUCAAUUGGACAAAGUAUAAUAUUGAAUUAUUAUCCGAUUAAAUGGUCUCACAAGUCCGUAGGGUGCUAAACAUGCCCAGGCUUGUAUUAAUGAUCGAUUAUAUCAAGUUAUGAGUAUGGAAGUGCCUUCAAUGUUUCGAAAUAUGAUGAAUGUGCUCGCGCUGAUCAGGCGAAGUAUAUUGCUACUGUUCGUGUAUUUAAUUGAUGGCUUACGAGAGGAAUCUCGUGGUUCUUCUAUUAAUUUGUUACUUAUACUCUUAGACGUAUUGUAACUUGACGCGCAAGCCUUUCCCGAGCACGUGGAUUUUUAUUAUUCGGAUGCAUUCUAAUA